AUGAUAGAUUUGCGGCAACAGUUCCAGCUGGAGGAACAGCGACUUCAAAGGUUCAAAGAUCUGCUAGACCCUAUAAAGUCUGAUACGUCUGAUCGUGCUCGCUGCCUCCCGAAUACCCGCACGGGGUAUUUGAGAGACAUAGAGGAAUGGUUAUUCUCGCCUCCUAAGGAGAAUAUUCUCUGGCUCAAUGGGAUCGCUGGGUCUGGGAAGAGUACAAUUGCUGCUUCUAUCACAGACCUCUGCGACGACAAAUCCCGUCUUGCUGCAUUCCUUUUCUUUGAACGGGAAAAGAACGAGUACAAGUCUAUCAUCAGGACCAUCGCCUACCAGUUGGCGGCGUUCGAACCAAUCCUCGCAGCAUACAUAGUUCCCGUUGCUGAACAGCUUAAGAAUAUAACAGGAUCAGAGACUCGGCGACAAUUUGAAAAGCUUCUCUUGGAACCUCUCAAAUCUGCCAAAGGUGCUGUCAGAGGGCCAAUAGUCGUCAUUCUCGAUGCGCUAGACGAGUGUGGAACCACUGAGCAGCGCAGGGAGAUCUUGGAGUUACUUAAAGUUGACUUUGCGAAGCUACCACUGGAACUCCGAUUUUUCGUCACAAGCCGACCUGAAAACGACAUCAUGCACUCGCUCUCCUCACAGAAGCAUAUUCUCGAGGUCAGGCUUGAACAUACUGCGAUCGAGAGUCGAAAUGAUGUACUUGCUUACAUUCAGAAUAUGAUGCACAAGGCGAUUAAAGAUCCAAUACCAGACGGGUUCGCAUGGACUGAUGCAAUGACAAUGCUCAGUGAUGCUGCUGACGGGCUAUUCAUCUGGGCGACAACGGCCGUUAUGAUGGUAAUGAAUAGUGAUGAUCCGUUUGAAGAGCUUGAGGGGCUUGUGUCCAAUGUACGUUUACUCAACGGACUUGACAAUCUAUAUGCUACCGUGCUUGAGCAGUCGGGGAUUUCAUGGCAGUCGCCGAAAUCGGUUGAACGAUUCCGUAACAUCCUUGGACUUAUUCUUUUCGGAAAGGAGCCUCUUUCUGGUGAUAAUAUUGACAGUAUUUUGGGCCUUGGAAAAGGGAAGGCGCGUUUAACGCUCCAGAGACUGCGGUCCGUUCUCGCGUACGAGUACGGACAGUCCAUUCGUCUCUAUCACGCAUCGUUCGCAGACUACCUUUUGUCGUACGAGCGUUCCGGUAAUCACCCAUGGUACAUUGAUACCAAUAGUCAGAGGCGUACAAUCACAGUGAGAUGUUUCGACAUUAUGGAGCAGCUGCUACGCUUCAAUGUUUGCGAUCUGGAGACGUCAUUCCUCAAGAACGAUGAUGUCCCUGGAAUCGAGGGCCGCAUUACAACAUAUAUACCGACGCACCUCACCUAUGCAUGCCGUUUCUGGUCCGGGCAUCUUUGCGAUGUGUCGAAUUCUGAAGAUAUGGCAGACAGACUGGAAAAAUACGCGUACAAUCAUCUUCCAUACUGGUUGGAGGUCCUCAGUCUGACGAAACAUUUCACUCGUCUUGCCGGUCGUGCACUCUUGGAUGCUGUCUUAUGGUCUGCUGUAUGUUCGGAUGAAACUGGGAUUUCGUCAUUUCUAUGGGACGCAUACAAGCUGGUCAUCAUCUUUUCGUCACCAAUUGCGCAGAGUGCUCCCCAUAUCUACCUCUCCAUGCUUUCUCUUGCAAAUGAUGAAUCGGUGGUGGCCAAACACUAUUGUCAAACCCAUCCCACUAUUCAUGUGACUCGCUUUGGGACUAAACCGCCGAACCCAUGCAUCAAAGUUUUAAUUAGGAGUGGAUUGUUCGAUUCAUCCGUCACAUUCUCACCUGAUGGGAGAUAUGUCUGUGGCUCUUACGAGCACACUAUUCGGAUUUGGCAUUUAGAAAGCAGCGAAGUUGUCACUGCCCCAUUCCACAGGCACAGUUACCACGUCGGUCCAGUAGCAUUUUCGCCCAAUGGGAAACAUGUUGUCUCUGGUGCUACAGAUGGGUCAGUUAUAAUAUGGGAUGCUGAAAGUGGGAGGAUAGUCACACAUCCAUCUGGGAGUCACAAAAGAGCUGUCUCAUCUGUUGCUUUCUCACUGUGUGGAAAAUAUGUUUUCACUGGAUCUUCUGAUCCUAUUACUCCUAUUCGAAUUUGGGAUGUGGAAAGUGAAGCAGUUGUCCCAAGUCCAAUUGACGUGCAUGGUGAUGGUUUUGCUUUGGUAGCUUUCUCGCCAGAUGGAGAACACAUUGCCACUGUCUCCAACGACUGGACUAUUCGAAUAUGGGACAUAAGAAGCGGGGAGGUGGUUGUUGGGCCGUUUGAAGGACAUAAUGGCUAUGUUCAAUCAUUAGUUUUCUUGCCAAAAGGAGAUUAUAUUGCCUCUGGCUGUCACGACAACACAAUUUGCAUCUGGAAUGCUCAAACUGGGAGAGUUGUUACAGGGCCCUUUAAAGGAUACAAAUUUAUAGGCACCUCAGUCACAGUUGUAUUCUCUUUCAAUGGAAAACGCAUUGUCUCUAACUCAAAGGAUCGGACAAUUCGAAUCUGGGACAUAGAAAGUGGCGAGUGUCUCACAGGCCCAUUUAGAGCAGGGAAUGUCGACUCGGUCGCUUUCUUGCCUGACAGGAAGCGUGUUGCAUCCAGUUCAUCUUCUGAUGGCACAAUUCGGAUUUGGGAUGCCGAGUUUGGAAAGAUUCUCACAGGAUUGUCUGAACAGUGUGAACAAGAAAUUGUCUCAGCUGCCCUGUCGCCUGAUGGAGGGCGUGUUGCUGUUGGCUACAGAGAUGGUAAAAUUUUGAUUUGGGACAGUAAUUAUGGGAAGGUUGUUGCCAGACCGUUUGAACUGUAUGGAGGGAGGAGCAAUUGGAUUACUUUCACUCCUGACAGAAAGCACAUUGUUUCCUGGUCUCGGAACAAGUAUCUUCGGUUUUUGGAUACAGAAAGCAGUGAAGUCUCUGUGGAACCGUUUGAAAUUGUUGCAGGAUUGUAUAGCAACAACAAAGCUAAUUUGGUAGCUUUCUUGCCUGAUGGGGGAUUUUUUGUCUCUGGCUCGACUCAUGGUGAAAACAUAAUGAUUUGGGACACAAAAUAUGGGAAGGCUGUUGCAGGCCCAUACAGGGGGCACAAACGGUCCACCAUGUCAGUUGUUUUCUUGCCUGACAAGAAGCACAUUGCUUCUGUCUCUGGAGAUGGAACACUUCAGGUUUGGAAUAUUAAAAGUUGCAAUGUUGUAGCAAGACAAUUAGAAGGGUACACAGAAAAAGAUGCCUACUCAGCAACUUUCUUGCUAGACAGAAGGCACAUUGCAUUUGGCUUCUCUCGAGCAGUUCGGAUUUGGGAUGUACAAAGUGGGAAGGCUGUCACAGGACUGUUUGAAGUAGAUAAACCAACAGUGGGCUUCCUUAAUUUCUCAGCCAAUGGAGAGCACCUUCUCUGCCGUUCUGUAGCAUAUACUGGAGAUGACAUAAUUUGGGUCUGGAACGCCAAAAGAGGUGAGGACGUCUCAAGUCUCCUAGUUAGAAAAUAUAUGGCUGACAGUUGUAUCCUCUCUAUCAGACUCAAUUAA